AUGGAACAAAACACCAACGCUAUGGACUCGAAGCCAAACACGACAGCACAGCAAAGCCCCCUGAGGCGAGCUCAAGGCAGCGCAAACAUUCCAAAAUGGUCCCCAUCCGCUGUGUUCUCGCAAUUUUCCAGUGGAAGCUCGAGGUCUCAGGACUCAAGCGAGAUUCUUUCUUCUAGUGGAACAAGAUCGUCCGAUGGCUCCGUCCAAAAUAGCCCUGCAUCUAAUGUGAUUACACCAGCGCAAAGAGCGACUUUCGAAAAGAAAGAGCUCCCAGCACGCUUUUACGAUGCUGAUCCUGAGGAUUUGUUUGCGCUUAUUUCGGGCAUGCUGCUUCAGCUCAUCUCUCAUAACGAUACCAUUCCCUUGCAUCCGGCCGACUUAACCCGUUUUCAUUCUCGGGCACCCCCGGGCAUCAGUGUUGAGGCCUACCUCCGUCGCUUGGCCAAGUACACAACUCUGGAUAAGCCAUGUAUGCUUAUCAUUUUAAUCUAUAUUGAUCGCGUUUGUGAGCGCAUGGAUGGCUUUACAAUUUGCAGCCUCACGGUUCAUCGAUUCUUAUGUGCGUCUGUCGUGUGUGCAAGCAAGGCUUUGUGUGAUUCGUUCAGCACAAACACGCAUUAUGCACGCGUCGGUGGUAUUUCUCUUGUUGAGAUGAAUCUCUUGGAAAAGGAGUUCCUCAAUGUGAUCGAAUGGCGUUUAAUGGUUACCGCCCCCGUGAUGCAGCAUUACUACGCUUCCCUGGUCAACAUGCACCCAAAUUAUACUCUCGCACCAAUGUUAGAGCCUCUGCCCACAAUGUUCCCAGCUAUUUCGAGGUCGUCUCAUGCGGCCUCGUGA